UGCGCGGACAACGCCGGUUCAUGAAACAAGCCGCCGCAGAUGCUCCACACUUCCAUGGCGACGAAUCCAAGCCGGAGACCGUCGGCGCUCUUUUCAAACCACUUUACCGCGGAAACAUGUUAAUUCAAGGGCUGUUGAUUAUCUAACUUAAUCCUGAAGCAACGUGACCUGCUAUAAUGGGUUCAGUGCGAUCAACUGCUCCAAAAGAGACAUUUAUAUCGGUGAUGUAGAGCUAACUAUACUGGCGUUACGUUGGCGUUAGUCGAGUUAGCUGUCAGCAAAGCAGUGUCUCCCCGAAAAAAGAUAUCUCACUAACGUUGCUGAUGUUGCUGUGGUAACUUCAGCGCCACAUCACCAUGAACAGCAGCGCAGAGAGGAAAUUCGUCAAUUUGAGGAAGCGUCUGGAUCAGCUGGGCUACCGACAGCCACUGGGGAUAGAGUCACUGCCACUAGUGGAGAAACUGUUCAGUGAUCUGGUCCACACAACUGAAAGCCUGCGCAAUGCCAAACUGUCAGCAGGGAAGAUUGAGAAAGAAAGUCAAAACUUUGAUGCCCUCUUGGAGCCAUACAGGACAGAGAAUGCCCGGCUGGUCAGGGAGAACAACGAGCUGCACCUUGAGCUUCUGAAGCUGAAGGAGGACAAGGACCGUGUCACCAGAGAGCUCAAGACCUACAUCAGAAAACUGGACCAUGAGUCAUCUGACCUGAAGUUUUUGAACAAUCAGUAUGUGCACAAGGUUCGUUGCCUGGAGAAGGAUAGCAAAGCUAAAGCUGAGCGCAUCCAACAGCUGCAGGAGAAGAACAUGCAGGCUGUGGUGCAGACACCAGGAGGAAAAAAGCGCAGUAUUCCCUUCAGACGUCAGAGAAUGCAGAUUGAUGAUCUCAUACCUCCUUCCUCUACAUCGGCUUAUCCUGUGUCCCAGCCUGAUGAUCCUUAUAUUGCUGACCUACUGCAGCUGGCAGACGGAAGGAUUCUUGAGCUACAGGAAGAUAUCAUAAAAGUGAAUUUAGACCUGGAAAAUUCUCAAGAAUGUAUAAAACACUUAAAUACUCAGGUGGAAAAGAGGGACAAAGAGAUUGAGCGUCUGAAUCGUGUACUUCAAGGAGGACGACCUCAUAAUGUCAUUUCCCUUGAGGCUCAGAACAUCAGCAACGAGAAACUGAUCGCUCAUCUUAACCUUCAGAUUGAGUACCUACAGGAGACCAACAGGACUCUGGAGCAGAAGGUAGAGGGACUGCAGCAGAAGAAGAAGGAUGCCUCCACCGAAGUGGCCAAUCUGUCUUUAAAGAACCUGGAACUGUGUGAAGAGCUGACACACAUAGAUGACCUUGCGAAGCAGCUGGAGAUGGACAAGGAGCGGGUGCUGGAAACAGCUGAUUUGGAACUGCAAGAAACUAAAAACGAAAUUGAAAGGCAGCAGAAAAUCAUUGAAGACCUGGAGGAUGUUAUUACAACAAUAAGAAGAGAACAGUCUGAAAGUGAUUUUGAAAAAGACCGUCUUAGAGACCAGCUGGUGGAGCUCAAAGACCAGAAUGAGAAAAUGGAGGGACUGGUGAAUUUCCUAGAAGAAGAGAAAAUCAGGCUGCAGGACAAAAUGGAGAAAAUGAUGGCAGCUGACAAAACCUUGGUGCUGGAGUUGGAGACCAUGCGGGCUAAACAUGGUGUUUGUGGAAGGGAACGCUCACCAUCGCGUCUGGAUGCAUUCGUCAAGAGUCUGGAGGAGGAGAGGGAUUACUAUCGCCAGGAGGCUGAACGCUACAGAAGAACCAGAGGGGCUGGCAGCCUGGACUUAAGCCCCAGUCGCAGUCCAGGCAGGGGCAGGAGUCCUGUGUCCAAAGUCAUCAGGGGAGGUGUUGCAGAGUCAGAGCUGGUUCGUUUAGUGAAGGAAAGAGAUGAGCUGAAGGCUGCUCUGUUGGACUUUGAGCAGCACAUGGAGGACAUCCAGAACAAAGUGAAGGCCCUCAGUGCUGAGAAAGACCAGUUCAAAGCCCUCUUUACACAGGCACAAGAGGACUUAAAGCUUUGCCCUAGCACAGAUAUGUCAGCUGACGUCUUGGAACUGAAAGAGGAGAUCAAACGGGCAGAAAUCCAAAUCCAGCAGAUGACUAUUGAAAGAGACACACUGAUGGAGAGAUUAAAGGUUUCUCAGACUUCAGCUCUCACAGACAGACAGGAAGAGGAAAGGAGGAUUCUUGACCUGGAGGAUGCCGUUAAGAGCUUGGAGCGGGAGAAACUGGACCUGCGGUCACAGGUGUGUCUGUUGAAGGAGGGCAGGGAGGCUGUGGAGCAGGAGCUGAAGGUUCGGUCUGUUGCGCUGGUUCAGAAUGUAGAGGAGACGGCCCAGCAGAGGGCAGAGUCUAAUGCUCUGAGGUUGCUACAGGAGCAGAUGGAGCAGUCACUGUCUGACACCCAGCACAGACUGUCUGUGAAGAUGAAUGAGCUGCUGGCUGCUCAUGAGCAGAUUGACAAACUGGAGGAGAGAAUAGGGGAACUGAGUCAGCAGGGUUCCAAGCACAAGGAGGAAGUGGCUGUUCUUCAGAAGUCUAUCUCUGCCCUGGAUAGAGAGAAAGAUGCCCUGCAGGAUGAGGUGGAUGAAAAGACUGAAAAGCUAGUUGUUCUCCAGGAGGAGCUAUACAAGAAGGAAAAGACUAUUGAAGAUGUGAGACUCACAGUCACAAACAUGGAUAACUCACUAGCUCAGCUGCAGGGGGCGUUAAACAGCCGUGAGAGGGAGAUAACCAGCCUGAGGAGGCAGCUGGACGCCUCUCAGGAAGAGCUGGCCGGACUCCGGAGAGACAAAGAAAUCACAGUCAGAGAGAACAGGAGGCUGCAAGACGACCUGGCCACCAUGACCAGAGAGAACCAAGCUGUACAUGUGGAGAUGGAAGAGGCUUUGCAUGAGAAGGACGAGCUGAAGUUGAGGGUCCACUCUUACAUCUCUGAAGUGUCCAGAAUAGAGAAACUGAUGGCCACAAAGGAGCAGGAGAACAGAGACUUGCUGGAGCGCUUCCGAAUGACCCACUCUGAGAUGGAGGAUCGGGAGCAGAAGCUGCAGCAGGCUGAAGGCCUCAACAACUCAAUCCGCCUGGAGCUGCUCUCUUCUGACUCCGAACGCAGGCACCUCCGUGAUACUGUCAGCCACCAGGAGAGAGAGAUCCAGCAGCAUAUGCAGGCCCUGCAGGCUUAUGAGGCCCAAGUUUCAUCUCUGGUUCGUGGGAUGUCCCGACUAGAGGAGGAGCUACACAAAGCACAGGAGGAGAAGGCCAACCUGCUCUCUGAUCUGGCUUCUGUCAGGGAGCUCUGCGUCAAAUUGGACUCUGGCAAGGAACUCGCUGCACGCCAGCUCACCUCCAAGAGCAUGGACCUAGAGAGGGUCACAGGAGAAUUGGAAGACGUUCAGUCAGAGGCAGAGCUACUAAAGAAACAACUGGCCAGUGAGAGGUUGACUGUCCGGAACCUCGAGACGUUACUCUCCACCAAUCGGCACAAGGAGUUCCAAACCCACCUGACAGCCAGCGAGAAAGAGUCAGAGCUGAAGGUCCUACGUGACAGGCUCACCCUGGCUGACAGCAAAACUGCGGAGCAUGCAAGGGAUGUGUCCAACCUCCGUGGCAAAGUGUCACAGCUGCAGACAGAGAUGGACGUUCUGAAAAGACAGUUGACCACUGAGCGCUUUGAACGUGAAAGGGCAGUUCAGGAGAUGCGCAGACAAGGUUUGUCAUUCUCAUCCCUGCGGAGCUCGUCACCCCUCAGUGUCUCUCACAGUCCUCAUCACAUCUCCCCUGAACGCUCCAUCCUCCGAUCUCUUGACCGCUCCACUGACAAGUCAGCAGACAAAAGUGUGAGCUUCAAGGAUUAACGACAAAUGAAGGCGCUGAUGAGUGAGUCGGAAACCACUAGAAGCUUGACGUCUUGAGUCUGGAUAUGGAUUCAGAAGGCCUGCGUAAGCUUCGGUAUUAAUGCUCAGAAGUCCCUGCCUAUAGCAUUCCCCAGUGCCACUUUAUUUUCCCGUCCUGAGGCACUGAGCAUGAAAUCAUGCCUGGUUCUUAACUAAAGCUGUUGAUAUUUAACUGAA